AUGCAAGGCCAUGAACAGAAAACCCACCCCAUGUUAUCGUCAGUCAGGAAGAUGGCAGAGCGCACUACACACACCGUCCACGUCUUUAGCUUAAUCCCAGGUCUCGCUGACGCUCUCUCUAAGUGUCUGCCGGGCACAACAGUGGUCAACGAGCAUUCCCAUGGCUUUGGUUUGGACGGCUAUUACAGAAAAACUGAAAGAGACUUGACAGAUGAAGAACUGAACUUCUUGUCAGAAGCAGAGAUCUUGGUCUGUGAUCCUCAACCAUUGAGUCAAGUGAUGGAACGCAAAGGAUUAAACUAUCUGGCAAAUCUCCGUUGGGCACAUUCGACGUGGGCUGGUGUCGAUUCAGUGAUGAAGAUACUCAGUCCAGGGACGGAACUGCCCUUCAUUCUGACUCGCAGUACCUGUGAUGAAUUAGCAAGCUUCAUGGCAGAGUACGUGGUGGGUCAGAUCGUGUGUCACGAGCAUGGGUGGAUGGACACUUACAUGAAACAGAUCAACAAGGACUUCAGCGGGUGGCACACCUUCCACUCCUUCCGCAGCCUUGACCAGCUGACUGUGGGCGUGAUGGGUCUCGGAAAGAUCGGCCUCACAACAGCCAAGGUGCUCAAAGGGUUUGGGUGUCGCGUGCAUGGCCUCGUCAGAACACUUCGUUCCCAUUCCUCUGUGGAACCAUUUGUGGACCAGCUGUGGCACGGACGGGAGGGUCUUGCUGACUUCCUCAAAGACUGCGACUACCUGGUCAACCUGCUGCCCUCCACGCCCUUGACGCGCGGCCUGCUAGGGGACGGAGUGCUCAGCGAAGCCACCAGAAGCCCAGUGCUAGUGAACGUGGGGCGCGGAGACAUCAUUACCGAGGCGGACCUACUGAAGGCGCUGGAGGAGGGCUGGAUCUCCGCCGCUGUGCUCGACUGCUACGAAAAGGAGCCUGUUCCUGAGGAGAGCUUUCUCUGGACACACCCUAGGGUGGUGAUGACGCCUCAUAAUGCAACUGCCAUGAACGAUAACAUGAUGUGCUGUCACAUUGCACAGGAAUUUAUGGCCCACUUCAAAAAAUAUAUCACCAACCAACCAUUAAGUGGGCAGGUGGAUUGUCAGGCCGGGUACUAA